UUUCCGGUUUAUUUCAACAUGGCGGACGAGGCAACACAUGUGCGAAAAAGCAAAACGUUGUUUUUAAGAAAUCUGCCAUAUUCGACCACAAAUGAAAAAUUGGAAGAGAUCUUCGGUGACAUAGGACCUCUGAAGACCUGCUUUGUCGUAAAACCAAAAGGUGCAGAAAAAUGCAGAGGUUUUGGCUAUGUGGCAUAUUCCAUGUUGGAGGAUGCAGAAAAGGCCAAAGACUCAGUCAAAUCUUUAGACGGGCGGAAGAUCAUGAUAACAUUCGCCGAGAGAAAAAAGGAAAACAGAAUGCGAAUGGGUACGGACAGGAAAGUUCCGCCUGUUAAAAAGGAGGUUAAAGAGGAAGCUGAAGAAGAAAAAAGCUCUGAUGAUGAGGAGAGUGACCGUGAGGAGAAAGACAAAGAAGGAAAACCAAGCGAGGUUGACAAGCAGCAGAUGAAGUAUCUGUGGUCUAAAACACUACUGGUUUCUGGCUGGAAAGAUGGCACAUCACUAGAGGAUGUUCAGAAAUACAUAACAAAAAACAAUGUCAAAAACAUUGGCAAGUUGGAGUUUCCUAUGAGAAACUGUGAACAGGCUACUGCCAUGAUGAGGUUUAAAUCUAUCCGAGACACGAACGCGGGGCAGCGGAAACUUGAGAGUAAACCAGGCAAAGGUAACAUGUUGACUGUGAGGUGUCAGAAGGAUUCCUUCAAUGUAGUUUCUCAGAGAGCAUUGAAACAGUGCCGACUCAUUGUCAGAAACUUGUCCUUUAAAUGCACAGAGGACAAAUUGCAUGAAUAUUUUGCAAAGUUUGGUGAGGUCACAGAAGUCAAGAUUCCAUUAAAACCAGAUGGAAAGAUGCUUGGGUUUGGAUUUGUACAGUUUGAGCAAAUAGAAGAUGCCGACCGGGCAGUCAAAGGAAUGAACAUGAAACCUAUACUGGGGCGACCAGUAGCUGUAGACUGGACUUUGCCUAAGGACAAGUUUGUUGCAUCUCAAACCAGUAAAGGGGAGGCAGAGCCCAGAACACAGGUUAGCAAAUCCCAGACAGCGUCAAGAACACUGGAUCGCAAACCCCAGAUCAAAAAGGAAUCUGUCAUCAAUGAUGAUGACGAACAGGAUACAUUGUCUGACGAGGGGUCAUUUAGUACAGAAAAUGAGGGGAGCGAUAACAUGGAAGAGGAAGAAGAUUCAGAAGACAAGGAGGAGGAAGAUGAGUCGGAAUCAGAGUCAGAUGAUGAAGGAUUUGCUGAUGAAGAUGACAAAGAUGAAGAUGAUUCAAGUGAUGAGGAAGAAAUGGAUGACGAUUCCAUCCAGGAAAACAGAAAAAAGAAAAACAAGAAAAAGGGGGGGAUUCAACGGAAAAAUGAUGUAGAGGAAGGAAGGACCCUAUUUAUCAGAAACGUCACAUUUGAAACAGUUGAGGAAACGCUAGUAGAGGAGCUCGAGGAAUUUGGACCAAUUAAUUACUGUCGACUGGUGAUGGACCCACAUACAGAGCACUCCAGAGGUAUGGCAUUUGUGCAAUUCAAGACUGUUGAGGCAGCCAAAAAGUGUAUGGAGAAAGCUAAUGAUGAAUCUAGGGAUGGGGGUAUUACCGUGGAAGGGAGGAAGCUUUUUAUUGCCUUGGCUGUGAGUCGUGACAAGGCAAAGGAAUUCAAACAGGCGGAGAAGAAAAAAGAAGAGGAUAAGAGAAAUUUGCAUUUAGCAAGAGAAGGCAUGAUUCGACCUGGUACACAGGCAGCUGAGGGUUUGUCCAAAGAAGAUCUACAGAAACGAAUAAAGGUGGAAAACAUGAAAAGGGAGAAGUUAAAAAGCCCUAGUAUAUUCAUCUCGACAACUCGUUUGUGUGUCAGAAACCUACCGUUACAAUACACAGACAAGGAACUCAAAACACUCUUCCUCCAGGUCGCUGGCGACAAAAAGGCUGUCAUCAACGAGAGUCGGAUCAUGGUUGACCUGGAUAGAGUGAAUGGGCAGGGAAAGGCCAAGUCACGGGGCUACGGCUUUGUCAACUUCACCGAUCACAAGCAUGCCCUCCAGGCUCUCAGGGAGGCCAACAACAACCCUAACCUCUUUGAGGAGAAGCGGCGACUUAUUGUGGAAUUUUCUCUCGAAAACAAGACAGCUCUACAAGCAAAAGAGAAGAAAUUGGAGAGACACAAGGCUAGACAAGCACAGCUGGAACAGAAGCGAGAGACUGCUGCGACCAACACUGAUGUGAAGGAGGAAAAACCGAAAGGACGACCAAAGAAAGACAAGACAUCUACAUCAAAAGACAAAUUAACUGAUAAAUUUAUUGGUAAAAUUGAACAUGAAGAAGGCAGUGAGGAUAAAAAACUUCCCAAAGGUCUUCCCUCUCAUUGGGGAGCCAAGGUACGGCACAAGCCCCGACAAUCCAAAAUUGAGUUGGAGAAAAAACAGAAAAAGAAAGCCAAGAAACUACGUCAGAAGCAACAACGUGGAGAGGCAGUGAUUUCACAACCUAUUAGCAAUAAACGGCAGCACGCAGAGCCCUCAGCCCAGGCUCCUCCAUUGAAAAAGAAAAAGCAUUCAAGCAAAGAGAAAAGAGAUGACUUUGAUAAACUUGUCAACAGAUAUAAACAAAAGUUCACAGCUGGCAAUACUUCCAAGUGGUUUGAGAGCUAAUAUUGUUCAUGUAAAUUGUUUUCUGUAAUAUAAAUGUGAAUAUUUACCUCAAUGA